CCGGACGUGAGGCGCUCGGGAAAGGAAGCUGCGGGCUGCUCUUUGAGGAAUUAUGGAUGGUUUCUUAGUGUUCAUCCCAGACCUCAAGAGUGUGAGCUUGAUUAUAAUGAUUCUAGUGACUGUGACAUCUUCAUUUCUAUGUGUUACCCAGCAACUCAGGCAGUGUUUUCUAAAGAAGGAGACUGUGGUCAUCAGAUACAGUGAGAUACAGGAGAGAGUGAAGAUUGGGAGCCGGCAGAUCUGAGUUCCAAUGCAGAAAGCUCUUCUGUGCAGGCUCAUGGUUUGGUCCACCUUUGUGACUUUAUGCAAUGCCCAGUGCUAUUUCAUGCCUAAUAUGUACACUCCAGGUGAUUUAUCUAAUGAAUGUAAGGAUCUCGAUGGAGUCACACACCCACUGAGCUCAAAGUGGAAGACUGAGAACUGUGAGGAAUGUUCUUGUGGCCAAGAUGGAAUUUCCUGUUGCAACAUCGCUGCUAUACCUAUGAAUUAUGACACAAUCAAGUGCCAGAAAAUCUUCAACAAGGAGACCUGCAGCUAUACAGUGGUGGAGCAGAAAGACCCAGGAAAGACUUGUUUUGUCAGUGGCUGGGCGAUAUAAUGAACUUCUAGUGAGCCCCAGGCUCCCAGCCAGGGUGACCCAGAUAGACCUCAUUCUCCUAUGACUUCUAAUUGUCUAUGAUUGUGUAACCUUGGAUCUCAGUAAAAAACUAUUGAGCAAACA